AUGUAUCUUCCUCUCACGGCCACAGCUCUCUGCGAGACUCGAUCGCACCAGGGCACCCACCUGAGCGGCGACUCGGGUGUCAGGCGUAUCCUCGCCCCCUUCCUGGAGCUCUUACCGGCGGCCACCAGUGCCGCCCGCCCAUUACCAGCUGCAUGUGGCGACCUCGACAUGACUCCGAUCGGCCAUGACCAUGAUCACGGCGGCGGCGGCGGCGGCAGCAGCAGCAGCCACGUCCUGCCCGACGAGAUCCAAGAGGGCACGUUGCUCUUCUUACUCUCAAACCCCCUGCUGCUCUCGCUGACGGUCGACCACUUACCGCCGUCUGCCACUGUGAGUCUUGCAGCAACGUCCCGGGCCUUCCGGAGCUUGAUUUAUCACACGCCCGGCGUCUUCAGGCGCCUCGACCUCACCCAGGUCAAGUCUGCCCAGUUUGAUGUUGAUCCUAUCGACCAAGGCGGGAUAUUCGGGGCCCUUCGGCGACACCAGAUUCUUCGUGAUGUGUCGACACUAAUCUUGGACGGUCUUUCAGUCACGGCUGAGCUGGUGCACGAGAUAAUCAGCGACCCCUCAUACUCCGUCCGCAUCCUCUCCUUACGAGAAGUGACCAACUUGAACGAGCCGAAGCUUCGGGCGGCACUGCAGAUGGCAGCCCGUCCCAGCCGGCCUGAAGGUAUGCCGCGGCUCAGGGGUCUGUACAUCUUCGGCCCCAAGGACCCACCGUGCUUGACCGUGGACACCGCCGCGAUUGGGAAUGGAGGCAACGCCACAGCUGCUGGGUGGAACCAGCGUUCGCACCAGGCCCUGUCUGACGCCCUGCACCAACCAAGCGACCCAUGCAUGGAGUGUCUUCGUGACCGCUACUGCUGGGGCUGCAGCAAGUGGUGGUGCGAGAAGUGUUACGUCCCUGGGCAGAUGGACUCGCACGUCGAUGGACUCUACUACAAGGUACGAGAUGGUCUUUGUGAAGAGUGCGUGGGAGUAGACGACGAACUUUUCGGUGGCCGCCUUUCCGACACCCCACGCUCCGAGACGUGA